ACAGGCAUCUUCCAAGGCCCCACUUAGCUGAAGUUGAGACCUCCUGGAUGCCAGGCCCGUGGGUCUGUUCUCACCUGGAGCAGCGUGCCUGUGUGGACUCAGGGACAAAUCAGGAGACAAGUUUCAGGCCACCAAGGCACAGGGGUUGUUCAGCAGAAGCCUUUGGUCUUCGUUUACUGCAAGACAGAGCGACAUUCUGGUGUGUCUGGAUGGUUGGGAUUGGAGAUGUGUCUGGACAGCCAUCCCCAGCACCCAGUCACCCCACCCUCAAGGAGCAGAUAACCCUGACCACGAUGGGACUCCGAAGGGCGAUGUGGAAGAAAGCUGACCGUCAGCCAGAAACACCUGCCUGGGAAACACCUUCCCCUCUCCCCCCUUCCCCCCAGAACGCGAGCAAGAAACAUACUAUUCUGUCAGACUUCCAGAAUCUGAAGGCGCAUUUAUCACAGCCUCUGUGUGACACAGAUUCGUACAAGACCUAUUUUAAACACCGAUUCAUUAUUUUCCUGAGUCACACCUGUACAUGCACAGCCAACCUUCUAACCAGAUACUUGCAAAGGGCCAGUUACCUGGAAGGAGAUGCUGGACACCAGAGGGAGUCAUUCGUUCACUCAGCAAACAUCUGUGGAGUACCUCCCAUGGGCCAGAGCUGCCCGGCUGGGCUCUUCCAAGUCACGGAGACGGAAAGAGAAGGCUGGGUCUUGCGUCGUGGGGAAAGAGGCAGCUGCUGGGCCAUGUUGCCCCCGCCUUGCUUACGCUGCAUUUUUGGGAUACUGUGCCAGACGUAUGCCCACCCUUGGGGAGUUCCAUCUACAGGAGCAGAGCGGCAAGUAGGGCUAAAAGUCCUGAGGACAGAAGAGUUGCUUGUCUGGGCUUCUCACCUGAGGCUAAAGCCAGGACUCUUACUUCUUCGGGCCUCGCUUUCCCUAUUUGUAAAGGAAGGUGCUUUGCCUAGAAGACCUUUAAGGGACUUGGGCCCCGGGGCAGUCCAGCAGGGCCCCUGCAGCAACUUGCCCGCCACUUCCUCGGCUGUGAAAUGGGAAGGCGCCGAGUCUCCUCCCACCUGUCUUGACUAUUUCAAGGCCCACACGUGAAUGAAUGGAGACAGAGAAGAACCUUGAGGUGAGAACCCAAGGUUAAUUAUCCGGCCUGCUAGGGGCAUUCGGGGCGUUACUCUUGGGGGUAGUGAUCAUGAUUAAAUCCAGAUUUGGAGCAAGCUACUUCGAACUUUCAGAAUCUGCUCUCCCUGAUGACUCCUACCAAGAGCUAAUACUUUUGAAGAGCUUAUCAAAUGGAAGCAGAAUCGCUGAAUUAACACAGUGUUUACAAAAACAUUGUAAGUGGUGUUAUUCACCUCACUAGUCCACGGAAGGAUGCUGAGGCACAGAGAAGGUCAAUAUCUUGCCUGGGGUCACACAGAAUCCAGGAUUCAAACCCAAGCUUCCUAGCUCUUCAUGCCUCUUCCCCUACUAUGCUGCCAUCCAAGACGUUCAGAGUCUCCUUUAAGGGUUUUCUGGAGUCAGUACAAAAAUAUGCCUUCGAAGAAACACAGUUUUGGCAACUGUUCUGUCUAAGUCCUCAGUUUUGAGCACGAGGAGAUUUUGUUCACACCAUUCAUGAGGGGAAAAAAGGAAACUACCUUAAAAAUGAAUUCUCCCUUGUGCCUGUUUCUGAGAGAUCUCUAUGGGAGGAAGAUGUUCUCUGUGUCUGACAGUAAUAUCUUUCAUCCUCCAGAGAGACCAAUACAAAGUCCCUGUUACAUCCUCUCCCCCAGACACUUUAUUCUUUUUAUUCUGAGCGGAAUUAUGUUGAUGCCUCGUAAGAAGGUGCCCACCCUUUUGUAGCUUUUAAAACAAGAGCAAACACACCAGGUUUUUUUGUUUUGUUUUUAAGAUUUUAUUUAUUUAGGGGCGCCUGGGUGGCUCAGUGGAU